UCUACGUCAUAUAUCAACAAACAUUGACACAUCACAUAGCCAAACUAGAACAGAGAUCAGAAAAAUCUGACACAUUUAAUAAUAAAGACCAAAAUGGGGAAGUAAAAGGCCUACUGUUAUUGCCUUUAUAGCAUGAAUUUUUCGUUUGCAGGCUGUGGAUUUCUAGGGAUUUAUCAUGUGGGAGUAGCGAGUUGUCUGCGACAGCAUGCCCCUCAACUUGUGGAAAAUGGAAUUUUUGCUGGAGCUAGCGCUGGUGCUAUAGUUUCUUGUUGUUUGUUAUGUGGUUGUUGUUUAGGAGAAUGCACUAGUUUUAUUUUACGUUUAGCAACAAAGGCAAGAUCUAAAUCACUUGGACCUUUACAUCCAAGUUUUAAUAUUGUAAAGAUUUUACGAGAUGCUUUAAACGUAGUACUACCAGAAGAUGCACAUACUAUUGCCUCAGGGAAACUUUUUAUCUCACUUACAAGGGUUUCUGACCGAAAAGCUGUACUGGUGUCACAGUUUGAUUCUAAAGAAGAGCUAAUACAGGCUCUACUUUGCAGUGCUCAUAUACCUUUUUAUUCUGGUCUCCUGCCUCCAGUUUUCAAAGGAACACGAUAUGUAGAUGGUGGAUUAAGUGAUAACUUGCCAGUUCUAGAUGAGAACACUGUCACAGUCUCCCCAUUCGCUGGUGAAAGUGACAUCUGUCCCAGUGAUGAUGUCGCCAACUUCGCUCACAUCCAUCUUGCCAAUACCAGUGUACAGAUGUCUGGGAAGAAUUUAUACAGAAUCACACGAAUAUUGUUUCCAUGUAAGCCAGAAUUACUUAGUGACAUGUGUAAACAUGGAUUUGAUGAUUGUUUACGAUUUCUUCAAAGAAAUGAGUUGAUAACAUGUUCCCGACAUUUGACAGUGAAAUCGUCCAUUGUUUCGGUAGAAGAGAGUUCAUCUCUCAGUUUAGUCUCCAGACAGGAGAGUAGUGACUUGAAUGAAGAAGUUGAUGGUCUGUGUGAUGAAGAGAACUGUGAAGAAUGCAGAAUAAAACAGAAAGGAGCUCUGGUUGAUACAUUACCUCCUAUUGUUGUUGAAGCAUUCCAGGCAGCUAUAAGUACAAGUUUCCAGUCCUAUAUACAUCGAUCUAGAACAUUAAGGUGCCUGGGAGUUUUAGCAACACCAUGGGUUUUACCAUUUGAUAUUGUCUACAAUGGUGUGGUAAGGUUAUUGGAAUAUUUACCAUCUUUGCCACAAGAUAUGACUUACAUGUACAGAGAGAUUAUUGACUUGAUGACAGAAAUAUCAGCUAGACUGUCGAAUAAGAAGAGACGUUACACAGCAAGAUUUACUUGUCAGCUGGCUAUUACAGAAUUUAAUUUGAACAAAGAUGUCUCAAGACGUGCUUUGCCAUCAAGCAGUCCAUAUCAGCCCCAGCCAACUGCCCCAGUAGUUAGAAAUCUUAACAUAGGAUUUGCUGUUGACUUUGACACAAAAGUAAAAAACUCCCUUCAUACAUUACGUCACCUUGAAGGUCACAUGGAUCACAUGAAUAUUGAUAAGAUAUCUUUGGAAUCCAGUUCUCAUGGCCAAAAUGUAGUAGUAAGUACAGAUAUGUCUAGCAAGAAAGAAAGCACACUUCACAACCAGGAAAUUUUUGACACUUUUGAACAGUGCCUACUUAUAACAAACGAAAUGGAGUCUGUUAUGGCUUACUACUACAAAGAUGAAGAAGACACACAAUGCUACAAUUUUGAAGAAAUUUUUGACAUUGAUAAGAUGGACAUGAAUCUUCCUAGUCCUUCAAAGGAUAGCUAUAGUCCAGACCUUUCAUGGGACUCCUACAUGGAAAUGAAACCAGAAAUUGAACAGGAGACAGAAGAUUUCAUAAAUGAACUUCUAAAUAUACCGGAGACAAACCAUUAUCAGAAUGAAAAAAAUUUAGAAGGACAUUGUUGUAGACCACGAUCAAAUUCGUUAGUAUUAGGCUGCAGUGCUGGACGAUCACGAUCGAACUCUUUACAAUCGGGAUGCAGUGCUGGAGGAUCACUAUCCAACUCCAAGUCUAACCUAGUGCUAUAAUGUGAUAUAUUUGGUUCAAAGACUUUUAUAAUGAUAGUUUGUUGGCUGCACCAUUCUGAUAGGAAAUGCUCAUAUUGACAAUGCUACUGAUGAUAAUGAUGUAUCUUUGCAGUUAUUUUUAUAAAUACAGUAAUGAUAUUACAGAAAUUUAUAAAUGUGCUAAAACUUAAGUUACAAAGAAAAUAUGAUUUUGAUGUACUAUUCACUUCAAGUUUUGAUUCUCAACAGUGUUAUCAUAUGUAAUCAUAGUUUUGAACAAAUUAAAUAAUUAAUUCCCUAAAAAAGUUUAGAAAGUUGCUGAGUGGAAACUGAAAUGUAGUCAAAAAUAUAUCUGUCCUUUGUAAUAAUUGCUGACAAUAGAUUUAUUAGUUCUAAACACUGGAAGGAAAACCCAUAGUUUGUUUUUUUUAUUAUUUUCUAUAUUUAAUUUUUUAAAGUUAUUAAGCAUGGGUUGAGGAGCUUAGUUUCUAAAGGCUGUAUUACUUAUCUGCUUAUUGGGAUUUGUUUUCUUCACCAUGUUCAUAAAUGUUUUUUUAACAGCUGUUUAGUUCAUCAAGUAUACAUACAUUGAAGUUGUCAAGUAUGAGGUUUUCAUCAGGCAAAUAAAAAUUGAAAGCAAUUUUGUGGAGAAUAAUCUGAGAAGGUGUCAUUAUAUAAUUAGUUUUUGUGGACACUAAAUAAGAACCCAAUAAUUUUUUGUUUAAAUCCUAUUGAACUGUACAUUAGUUUGGAGCCAUUAAUUAAAAAAUUUAUUGUCCCAUGGAUUGUCAGGAAUCUGUAGUAAUUGAAAUACAGGCCAAUAAAAUACUUUGAAAACUGAAGAUUUCAUCAUUUAACAUUAUCUGGUAUUUAAUCAUGGCAUUUAUUUUUUGCAGAAAUGUCUUUACAUACUUUUUCUUUCGAUGUAAAGUAUUUUUGAUAAACAUAUAAACUUGAUAUAACAGUAAGGCAAGAUAAGUUUUAUUUUCUAUAUUCCGAUUUCUUUCCAUAAAACAUUUCUAAAACCAUGUAACUUUUAAUAAAGAAUGUACAUCAAGACAAUUAAAAACCAAAAAAGAUUCAUUUGAUUAAAUUAUUUAAUCUAAUGAAACUAUUUUCUUUUUUUUUUUAAUUGUCUUGAUGUAAAUUUUGAAUAACAGUUGGAUGAAAGUUAAAGUAAGUCGAUUGGUUUUUGUUUUAAUGAAAUAAAUAAACAUUUAAGAUUUGAAUGAUUCUUUUUAUAAUUUUAUUGCUGUGUAAAAGCAUUGACCGAUGCACAUUUUGUUUGAAGCGGAAACACUUCAUAUUAAAAAUGGAUGCACAAUCAAUGCUUUUACAACCCUAUAAAACUACAAAAAGAAGCAUUCAAUUCUUAUAAUUACAUUUUUUGCUAUAACCAUGCAAUUUAGAGUUAUAACAAGCUUUUCAUUUGUUUUUCAAUGCAUUAUAUUAACAUUGUCACAGAUAACAAGUGAAGUCAUAGUUUUGUAUUUUUAUACGGAAGUAAAAUGUGAUAUUGGAGUGCCUAGCAAUUAUUGUCAGCCAAUCAAAAUUAAUGAUUCUAAUGAAGUAAUUACAAGAAAAUAAUAUGCAGUAUACAUUUUGUCAGAUUUCCUUCCAAAAGCAUCCAAUUUAUUUGAACUUUGGUGUAUAGUUGUCUCUUGGCAAUCAUACCACAUCUCCUUAUUUUUAUAAAGACAAGUAUGGAAUUAACAGUAACAGUUAAAUUGAUAUCUAUUUCCAAAGUCCAACUGCAAAUUCAUGGUAUGCCUGAAAAUUCUCGGUGGAAAGACUGUUAAAAGUCAUAGUAAGUUCUUAAACUCUCUAAGGAAAGACCAUCUUUAUUAAGAGUAAACCUUUUAUAGUCUAUGGCAGUGUUCUCCUCCUAAAGUUGUAGCACCACAGUAGGUAUACAUAUUCUAUUGUUAAAUGAUUUCAGAAAGUGCCAUGGUAAAAAAACAAUAUAGCACCAAGGUGGAUGUAAGGCCCUGGGGAGAAAGCAUGGUAAUGGAAUUUGAAUUUAAAUAAUUGUUUUGAAAAAAGAGGAGAUAAAUUAAUUCCACUUUGAUAUGGAUAAUUCUGAUAUUCACUCAGGGAAAGACAGUAUGAAAUCACGGUUGAUUAAAGGUAUGAAUCCAUUGUAAACAAUUAAAUAAUAAGUGGAAAGGCUAUUUAUAAUUUUUUUAAACAAGAUUUUUUGAACCAUUCAAAACAAAAAUUGUUAUAUAAACCAUUGUAGGGACACUAUGAAACAUAAUUAUAUAUAUUGUUUUUCUUUUAAGAAAUUUUUAGUUUUUACCAAAAACAUUAAGAACAUUUUUAAUGUAACAGGGAAUAAAAGUACUGUAAUUAUAUAUUAUCUAUGGUUUUGAAAAUGAGGGAGUUUCUUGUCUACAAUCUCAUUGAAGGGAGAUAGCCCUUUAGUUAAAUCUAGCCUUGAAACUUCCUAUAGAGUAUCGAUAAUCUGUUUGUUUCCUUGGCUUAUGAUGUCAUCAUAUUCUCACUCUACUAGAUUGAGAAGAACCAUUCUCUUUUGAUUAGCUUGAAAUGGAAAAUGAUCACAAAAAAAAUAUCAAUGCAAAAUUUAAGAAAAUAGUAAUAACACUCUUUAUAGUUACAAAUUGUAUGGUAUAGGAUCAAUAAAAACCAAACGUUUGUCUCUGUAGUCCACUAUCUGACAUUGGUACAUGUACUAUAUAUAUUUUAGUUUUUAGUUACAUACCAUUAUAUAACAGUUCUAUAUAUAUGUUUUAGGAUAUAAACUAUUUUGUUCUGUUUUGAUUUAUUUAUUUUAUUUAUCAUGACAUUUUAUAUUUGUUUUAUCAUUCUUACCUCAUGUUUUAUCUAAUAAUGACUUUACAAUGCAGAUAUUUCUUCCAUAGAAUUGAUAAAAAGUUGUGUCAUAAAAUGCUUGUGAUCUUGCUAGAUAUUGUCGAUACUUUGAAUUGGUGCUUGUUAUUUCGAUGCAGUUAUUAUAAAAGUGAAAAAAGCUUUUAUUUCAAGUUAUUUUGUAUCAGUCAUAAAGUGUAUUAAAGUCAUAAAGGUUAGAAUAUGUACUACUUAGAAUUCACUUUUGUCAGUCGGUUCUAACUUGUCUUGCAUAUUGUUUAGAGACAUUCUUUGAAAUUAUAUAAUAUGACCAUUCUGUCUGUCCAGUUUUAUUUAAAAGACCUUGUUGUCUGACCACUCUAAUUGAAUAAAAGAUUUUACAAUAAAUAGGAAAUUGUCUUAAAAUAAAAAGUCUUUUAUAUUGUGAAUACCUGCUUUUGAACAUUAGGAAGAUACCAGGUAUUUUUAAUUGUUAUCUGUUGUUUCUUUGUAUAUAUGAUGUAAUAUUUAUUUUGUUGUGAGUUGUUAACAUAUACUAUUUUAUUGAUAAUCAACCAGAUUUCUCAUCUUUUGUAAAAUAGCCUUUUCUUAUAAAUAUAUAAUUUAUGAGGAUAA